UCCAAAGAGGAUCACAGUCAAAGUGAUUGCAUUGUGGUUUGCAUACUGACUCAUGGAGAACAGGGCAUCUUAUGGGGUAGGGAUGAGAAGUACUUAACUGAUAAAGUGUUCAAUUACUUCAAAGGCGAUCAGUGCCCCACUCUGGCCGCUAAGCCCAAGAUAUUCUUCAUUCAGGCCUGUCAGGGCGACCGAUUGGACGAAGGAGUGGCUGUUCGCCAAUCUUUCGACGUGACCGAUGCUGGACACGGCUACUACCGGAUCCCCAAUUAUGCGGACUUUCUCAUCGCCUACAGCACUGUCCCGGGGUAUUAUUCGUGGAGAAACACGACGCAGGGCUCGUGGUUUAUACAGGCGUUGACCCAUGUGUUGGGC